AUGCAGAGCACUUUUGGCAAUGCCGAGGCUGCAGAUCCCAGGCGUGCCACGGCUGUACAGGUUUCUUUUGAAGUGUUUCCUGUGGACGGCUCCAACAUACAGGUGGAGCCGCAGAGCAGCACGAAUGUGAACGUUAGAGCUGGCGUUGAGUACAAUCGCUUCGUAAUUCAUGCAUUGUCCGGCUUGGGAGUGUCCAAGCAGGACAUCCGAGCAAAGCUUGUACCGUAUGACAUGAGAUCGACGCUGCAGACGUGUGAGACAGUUCAGGCUUACAUGGGAUUUCCCUUCAAUGGGGCCGAAAAUGCGGUGGUACCGGGCACCACGCCGGAGACGAUCCGCAACGUCUUUGGCCCGCUGACGUUUCCCAACGGCGGCCUCUUUCGCAUUUGUUAUUCGCCUGAUGGAAUUCAAUGGCAGGAACUGGAGCCAAGUAUAUCUGUUUUCGGUGCUGAAAGCACGACCAACAAGUUUUGGUGUCCAGUCACCAGCCUGGCGCGGCAGGAAUGCAAGUUCGACCCCAGUAUCACAGGGUGCGAGUGUACCGGCAAGGUUCAAGGUUACAAGAGAAACAACAUGACAGAUGAGUUUAUGCUUCUUGGAAUGCCAAACCCAGCGUAUCCUCCAUGGAGGUCCAGUCUGACUUAUGUGAACCAGGCAUGUGGAGGAGCGGUUGAUGCUGCUCCCUUUAUUAACAAGGUGUCGGAUGUCAGCAAUGAGAUUGGCUUCGAGAUCCACAACUUCGGGCUCAUCAAAGAUGGCUUUGGUCUUGGUGUACAGCGCUGA